AUGCACACGCACACCCACCCCGCGUCCGCACUGUCGCACCACCGCUCCUCGACGGCACAUGCGCCAAUACUGUGCGCGUCGUCCACGCCCGUGUGCCACCAUCACGAGGAGGCGCAGUCGACGCCGCUGAACUACAACCUGCCCCAGUGCUGCCACUGUGGAUGGCGCGGCGACCACGCCCCGACCUGUCCGUUCAAGUGA